AUGGCAGGACCGGGCAAAGACUCGCCUGAGGCGAUCGCCGCCAAGGCCGCCGCAUCUGCCCUCAAUGCAUCACUCAGCAACUACCUCUACUACGUUAUGACUGGUUGCUCCAUUGUCCUCAUCGCUUGGAGACUCUCGACUCAACUACAUCGAUAUGUUCGAACUGUUGCGUGCCUUAAGAAUGAUUCGCAGCGCUACUUCGCCGAAGCAUCGACCAAGCUCUCGUUCUUCAAGAAGAACGUCAUGUACGCUCCUAUAUUCAGCAAGCGCCACAAUCGUGAAUUUCAGCUAAGCAGUGCCGUCAACGUUGGCACCCUGCCCACCCGCCUGCAGCUGGUCUUCUUGUUUGGCUACUUUGCUUCCAACGUGGCCUUCUCCGUCAUCGACAUCCCCUUUGCAGCUACUUACGAUGAUGCCGCCAGAGCCUUUAGAAACCGAACUGGUGUCCUUGCUGUCGUCAACAUGAUCCCCUUGUUCCUCAUGGCCGCCAGGAACAAUCCUCUCAUCAACCUUCUGGGCAUCUCAUUCGACACGUUCAAUCUUCUCCAUCGUUGGUUUGGUCGCAUUGUCAUCCUCGAGGCUAUUGCCCACACGAUGGCAUUCAUGUCCGCUCAAGCCCACUCGAAAAGCUGGGAGGCUGGCUUCCAGACCGUUCUCGCUGUACCGUCCUUCUUCUGGGGCUUCCUAGGAACAUGUGGUUUCUGCGCCAUCUUCAUCCAGGCCUGGAGUCCUAUUCGACACGCCUUUUACGAAAUAUUCAAGCUUCUGCACAUUGCCCUCGCCAUUCUCGCUGUCAUGGGGACGUGGUAUCAUCUCCACCUCAAGGAUCUCCCGCAGCUUCGCUACUUGAUUGCCGCCAUUGUCAUCUGGGCCGUGGACCGUCUUUGGCGUGUUUUCAGGGUCAUAUACGGCAACUUCGGCCGAGGUGGCAGCCAAGCGCUCGUCGAGGCACUUCCAGGCAAUGCUGUGCGUGUAACCGUCAACAUGGCCCGACCAUGGACCUUCAGGCCUGGGCAACAUGCCUACAUGUAUAUGCCGUCACUCAGUUACCUGCAAUCGCAUCCAUUCUCUGUGGCCUGGAGCGAAGACGCCGAGGAUCUCAGCUCCGAGAAGCUUACCAUGAACCGGCAGGAUAUUCUGGAGAUGCGCAAGACUACCAUGUCAUUUGUCAUCCGAGGAAGAACAGGCUUCACCAACACGCUCUUCCAAAAGGCAUCGGCGUGCCCACGUGGCCAGAUGCACACAACCUGCAUGGUUGAAGGGCCGUACGGCGAGUUGCACAACAUGAAGUCUUAUGGCACUGUCAUGUUGUUUGCUGGUGGUGUGGGGAUCACACAAGCAGUGCCUCACGUGCGAGAUCUCGUCAUCGGCUACGCGAAUGGAACUGUGGCCACGAGGCGCAUUACAUUGGUCUGGGUCAUCCAGAGCCCUGAACAUCUUGAAUGGAUCCGGCCGUGGAUGACACAAAUCUUGGCCAUGGACAAACGCCGAGAUGUCCUCCGCAUCAUGCUUUUCGUGAGCAGGCCCCGCUCGAGCAAGGAAAUACACAGCCCCUCUGCCACGGUUCAGAUGUUUCCUGGCAGACCCAACAUUGAUACUCUGUUGGCUGCUGAGAUGGAGCAACAGAUCGGUGCCCUGGGGGUUACCGUUUGUGGACCUGGUGUUCUCAGUGAUGACGUGCGACGCGCUGUGCGCGCUCGCCAGUAUGAUGGCGAGAUUGACUUUGUGGAGGAAGCUUUCUCUUGGUAA